CAAGUUCCAGAUUACCUAGUAUAUAAAUGUUUAUACCAUUCUAACUUGAAAAUUGACAAAUAACUUCGUUCUAUUCUCUUCAUCGUCCAGAUCUCAUCUAGCUCAACAGGUGCUAAAUAAAGCAGGGCAUACUCUCGUAUUUAGUAAUCUGUUGUGCUAUGCACAUAACUCAAAGUAGUGGACAUUUGCGGCGAUCAGUCGGUUGCCAAGCUACGCCAUCGCGACAUUGGCUAUGAAGCAUUAAACACAAAAUCAGCCGUCCGCGUCAGCCCUGUGGGAUUGUUUUACAUAGUACGCUUGAAACUUGAUUGAUAUCAGCACCGGCUUUCUGCAUAUUUUUCGAACAUUGAAGUCUCCGGCCUUAGCGCAUUCAUAGGUAUAACCUCCUCCUCCUCCACCACAGCUGACGUGCAUAUACCCUUCAGCCUGUCCUUUAGAGGGGAUCUUGAUAAUCGCGUUGUACUUCACCGAUACGACGUAGCCCCCAUCCACUCCCGUUUUUCGACAUGGCAGAACCUUCAGCAAAGCGCCGCCGUUUAAGUAAUACAGAAAAGGAUGACAUUACGAAAAGGUCCUAUGAGAUACCAGCAUCACUUUCACACCCAAUUAGUCCUCCAAGGAAAAGGAGAAGUCGCGAGCGUAAACUCAUCGAGUCCCCAUUUAAGCUUACCACUAUUAGGGACCUUUCGGAAGAGUCAAAUGUCGGAGCUGUCUCCCUCCAUGAUCUUCUCGGCGAUCCACUGAUAACUGAGUGCUGGGAGUUCAACUACUUACACGAUGUGGACUUUCUUAUGAGUCAUUUUGACGAGGAUACAAGAUCGCUCGUCAAAGUUCAUAUUGUACACGGAUUCUGGAAGAGAGAUGAUACUCAUAGGUUGUCGCUUGAGAAACAGUCUUCUCAGUAUAAAAAUGUCACUCUUCAUGCAGCAUACAUGCCAGAGAUAUUCGGCACCCACCAUUCGAAGAUACUUGUGUUAUUUAGACAUGACGACACAGCACAGGUUAUUAUAUAUACAGCCAACAUGAUUCCAAAGGACUGGACGAAUUUGACCAAUGGCGUUUGGCAAACUCCACGACUCCCUCGCCUAACAGAAUCGCAUAAGUCUUCCGAAACAGAUUUGCGUAUUGGCUACGGGCCGAGAUUUAAAAUCGACUUGCUGAAUUACUUACGAGCCUACGAUACUAAAAGACAGAUAUGCAAGUCCAUGGUUGAUGAAAUGGAAAAAUAUGACUUUGGUGCCGUACGAGGAGCGCUAGUUGCCAGCGUACCCGGAAGGCAUGAUAUUAAUGGAGAUGAUCCUAGGAAGACUCGCUGGGGAUGGGCAGGUGUUAAACACGCCCUCAGCCCUGUCCCUGUCCAGUCGGGGAAAUCAGAGAUCGUGGUGCAAAUAUCAUCCAUUGCAACUCUAGGUGCAACAGACACCUGGCUAAAACACACCUUAUUUGACUCCUUAUCAUCUACGAGAGCGAGUUCCUCGAAGCCUAAAUUCAAGAUAAUAUUUCCUACUCCUGAUGAGAUAAGACGUUCCUUAGAUGGCUACGCUUCUGGUGCUUCUAUACACAUGAAGAUACAAUCAGCAACUCAAACGAAGCAGCUUCAAUACAUGAAACCUAUAUUUUACCACUGGGCUAAUGAUUGCGAGAAGGGGAUAAUCGAAGACGGCGAAAUCCGAGAUGGGGGACGCAAACGUGCCGCGCCACAUAUAAAGACUUACAUACGGUACAACGAGAACAGGUCCAUCGAUUGGGCCUUGCUCACAUCCUCCAACAUAUCAAAGCAGGCCUGGGGUGAGGCCGCAAACACCGGGCAGAUACAAAUUGCCUCGUGGGAGAUUGGCGUCCUCGUAUGGCCUGAAUUAUUUGCGGACGGAGCUAAGAUGGUUGGUACCUUUAAGACGGAUACGCCUACAAAAGAAGAUCUCGACGGGAACGGGCCUCUGGUUGGCCUAAGGAUACCGUAUAGCCUGCCUCUACAGAGAUACGGAGAUAGUGAGGUUCCGUGGGUAGCUACGGCAAGCUAUACGGAACCUGAUUGUAUAGGUCAUUUUUGGAAGGAUUAGACAUAGGAGACAUUAAUAUAGGAAGACGUGUAGUAGAGCUAUUAAAGGCCGAUUUGAAACAUCCGGUUAUGUUAAAGGAGCAACUCGAGUAUGCAACAAAUCUACUUGUAAAUCACUCCCC